AUGUGCGAGAUAUACAAACUUGCGGUGCAGUACGAGUUGGCCGUGAAAGGCAAGGGGCACGGUGUUGCUACGCCGCUGACUGUGACAUGGCAAUAUGAUGUAGAGGAGCGCAAGGCCGCUCUGCGGCGGAUAAAUAUGGAGCUGGAUGAGGCGGAUGGGAUGGCCUCCACAGCGGAGCUACAACGGAACAAGAAGCUCGCGAAAGGCCUGCAUGCGCAGACGUCGCGCGCGGACCUUCUCGGUGGCGGCCGAGGAGGGGGGGUGAGGGGGCGCGGCAAGAUGGACAUGGACGCGCCGCUUUCGGGCGACCCGUACGGCCCGAGGAGCGACCGAACGCGCUUGCUGGCGGGGACGACAUUGUUAGAGGACAGCUCAAGGCGACUGCAGGAGAGCCGCAGCAUUGUGUUGGAGACACAGGAGCAGGGGAUGGAUAUUUCAAGCAGUUUGUGGGUGCAAAGGAAGCAGACACAGAAUGCGAGGAAUACGCUGCAAGAUGCUGAUAUGUCGAGUGACCGUGUGUGUGAUUCGUUGGAGAAGAAGAUCAGACGGAUAUACCAGCAGCGUGUCGUCGUUGUGCUCGUCCGCCUGCGUGCUCGCCAUUGUGCUCUACUGCAAGUAUUCUCAUUCUAA